AUGUCACAACAAACACCGUCCUGCUGCUGUUCUGUGGGUACAGUGAUUGACUCACCACAACAAUUCUAUCACAUGAUCCAUCAUCCAGAAGAUAUACCAGAUCAUUUUCAAGUUCAAAAUUUGAUCGGUCGAGUCUGUAAAGGAAAACGAGAGAAUGCAAAAGCGUUUCUUCAACUUACGGAUGAUCCCGAUGACAAAACAGCUUUCAUGUUCGGAGAGGAUGGAGUGGAAAGAAUUUUACAUAUUGCUGCGAAAUAUAAAAAGAUGAAUCAAGGAUGUUCUCAUUCUGAUCCAAAUCACACAUCGAAUGCUUCCAAUAAGAAUGGUAAUUGCCAAUCGCACACGAAUCAUCAUCAGGAUGGCACUACUGAACCACAUUCUGAAAAUGGAAUCACUAAAAAUCAUCACAACAAUGGCAGCAAGAUGAGGGCAUGUCAAGAUGGAAAACUUGCUGAAGAAGAGGCUUUAGAAAUUCUUCAUUUGAUUGGCUUUGAAGAGUCCUAUGUGAAGGAAAAGAUUUCACAGAAUGUUCGUUUUGAAAUGAUCAUUGUGCAACGAGAUUGCUUUCUAAAGCAGACUGGAGCUCUUAUUGAGAGAGCUGAUUGGAAUGGAGUUUACAAAAUAGUGAAACAUCUCUUCCCAAAAGCAUUUCCUUACUUUGAAAAGUAUUUUAAUGAGCUGCAAUCCACAUCUUUUGAUGAGAUUAGAAAACGAGCGGAUUUUGAUUUUGCAGAAGUGAGACAAAGUGGUACUAGUCAUCCUCUGUAUUGGUCCACAGAAGAAAAAUUCUUACGGCACAUGGAGGAAAAGAAGAGAACCAAGAAUGAAGAACCUUCUUUGAUUGACGUGAGAGCGUUUUUAUAUUUUGCAUGUGGCAUUAGAGACUUGUUUGCAGGAAAUGGGUACACCAUGACUGAAAAGGGUGAAGUGGCUCUCAAAGAAUAUCUUGUUGAGAAUGUGAAACGUGAAUUAUUUGAAGAUUGUUGUGUUGUGCUUCAUCUCGAUAUUUAA